CUCUGCUAGCCCUGCCCUACCCCACCACGUAAGCUCUAUGCUGACACCCAAGACACUCAUCGUUCGGAUGUACAGCAGGCAUGAUGAGGCCCUUCUGCACAUACGACACCCGUGACAGAGGCAAAGUGUACUUCAGACGCCCCUCUGCAUUCACCAGCCCGGAUAAUCACAUCCUAAACCCAGCACCCAAGCUUGUGGGCAGCACCCAGACACCGGCACACACCAAGGUGACCUCCCCACUGCGUUUAUGGGUGAGCAAGAAGGCCUGAAGCUCAUGGGAGCCCCGGUGAAGCUGACCGUGUCUCAGGGGCAGCCAGUGAAGCUCAACUGCAGUGUGGAGGGAAUGGAGGAGCCCGAGAUACAGUGGGUGAAGGACGGGGCUGUGGUCCAGAGUGUGGAUCAGGUGUACAUCCCAGUCAGUGAGCAGCACUGGAUUGGCUUCCUCAGCCUGAAGUCAGUGGAGCGCUCUGAUGCAGGCCGGUACUGGUGCCAGGUGGAGGAUGGGGGUGAAAUGGAGACCUCCCAGCCAGUGUGGCUCACUGUAGAAGGUGUGCCAUUCUUCACUGUGGAGCCGAAAGAUCUGGCGGUACCACCCAAUGCCCCUUUCCAACUGUCUUGUGAGGCCGUGGGCCCCCCUGAACCUGUUACCAUUGUGUGGUGGAGAGGAGGCACGAAGGUGUGGGGGCCCGCUCCCUCUCCCUCUGUUUUAAAUGUAACAGGGGUGACCCAGAGCACCGUGUUCUCCUGUGAAGCUCACAACCUUAAAGGCCUGGCCUCUUCUCGCCCAGCCACUGUUCGCCUUCAAGCACUGCCUGCAGCCCCCUUUAACAUCACAGUGACAAAGCUCUCCAGCAGCAAUGCUAGUGUGGCCUGGACACCAGGGGCCGAUGGCCUGGCCCUGCUCCAAUCCUGUACGAUCCAGGUGACACAGGCUCCAGGAGGCUGGGAGGUCCUGGCUGUUGUGGUCCCCGUGCCACCUUUUACCUGCCUGCUCCGGGACCUGGCACCUGCCACCAACUACAGCCUCAGGGUGCGCUGUGCCAACGCCUUGGGGCCUUCUCCAUAUGCUGACUGGGUGCCCUUUCGGACAAAGGGCCUAGCCCCAGCCAGUGCUCCCCAGAACCUCCAUGCCAUCCGCACAGACUCAGGCCUCAUCCUGGAGUGGGAAGAAGUGAUCCCCGAGGGCCCUUUGGAAAGCCCCCUGGGACCUUAUAAAUUGUCCUGGGUUCAGGACAAUGGAACCCAGGGUGAGCUGACAGUGGAGGGGACCAGGGCCAACUUGACAGGCUGGGAUCCGCAGAAGGACUUGACUGUGCGUGUGUGCAUCUCCAAUGCAGUUGGCUGUGGGCCCUGGAGUCAGCCACUGGUGGUCUCUUCUCAUGACCAUGCAGGCCAGCAUGGCCCUCCCCACAGCCGCACAUCCUGGGUGCCUGUGGUCCUGGGUGUGCUGACAGCCUUGGUGACGGCCGCGGCCCUGGCCCUCAUCCUGCUUCGAAAGAGGCGGAAGGAGACACGGUUCGGGCAAGCCUUUGACAGUGUCAUGGCCCGGGGAGAGCCGGCCGUUCACUUCCGGGCAGCCCGGUCCUUCAAUCGGGAGCGGCCUGAGCGUAUCGAGGCCACAUUGGACAGCUUGGGCAUCAGUGAUGAACUCAAGGACAAAUUGGAGGAUGUGCUCAUCCCUGAGCAGCAGUUCACCCUGGGCCGGAUGUUGGGCAAAGGAGAGUUCGGUUCAGUGCGGGAGGCCCAGCUGAAGCAGGAGGAUGGCUCCUUUGUGAAAGUGGCCGUCAAGAUGCUGAAAGCUGACAUCAUUGCUUCAAGUGACAUUGAAGAGUUCCUCAGGGAAGCGGCUUGCAUGAAGGAAUUUGACCACCCACACGUGGCCAAGCUUGUUGGGGUGAGCCUCCGCAGCAGGGCCAAAGGCCGUCUCCCCAUCCCCAUGGUCAUCUUGCCCUUCAUGAAGCACGGGGACCUGCACGCCUUCCUACUCGCCUCCCGGAUUGGGGAGAAUCCCUUUAACCUGCCCCUGCAGACCCUGGUCCGGUUCAUGGUGGACAUCGCCUGUGGCAUGGAGUACCUGAGCUCCCGGAACUUUAUUCACCGAGACCUGGCUGCUCGGAAUUGCAUGCUGGCGGAAGACAUGACAGUGUGCGUAGCUGACUUUGGGCUCUCCCGGAAGAUCUAUAGCGGGGACUACUAUCGCCAGGGCUGUGCCUCCAAAUUGCCUGUCAAGUGGCUGGCCCUGGAGAGCCUGGCUGACAACCUGUAUACUGUGCACAGUGACGUGUGGGCCUUCGGGGUGACCAUGUGGGAGAUCAUGACUCGUGGGCAGACGCCGUAUGCUGGCAUUGAGAAUGCUGAGAUUUACAACUACCUCAUCGGCGGGAACCGCCUGAAACAGCCUUCAGAGUGUACAGAGGACGUUUUCCAGGAAGAACCAGGAACCCCGAGGGCAGAAGGUACAGGGUUGAGCAACAGCACAUGAUUCUGUCACCUUCUCCCCACCCACCCCCCACUCCUUCUCAGUCCCCAACUAGUCUAAGAAAACCUCCCAGACUGAGCCCUCCCUCCCCCUCAGAGAGGGCUGCACCAGGGCAAGAAAAAACUGCCUCUCUGUCACAUUCCUCGCUAGACAAGGAGGGGGCGUGGGGGGAGCGGGAGGUUGGCUUCCUCUUGAGGGAGUGGAGAGACCUAAGAUCCCGGGGAGAAGAACUGCCUUCUUUCCUUUCUGAAAGCCUGGAGCCUUUGGGAGUGGGGUAGGGUAGGGAUACACCCACUGCACAGUGGAGUGUUGUGAACCCCUCGUGACUGGAAGACAAGGUUACUAGCAUUAGCUGGGUACUUUACAGGCAUUCUUUCAGGUAAUCCCCCUCUAACCCCAUAAGGAAAAGACUAUCAUUAUCCCUAUUUUGUAGAUGAAAAACUAAAGAUUAAAGAGGUUAAGUAACAUGGCCAAGGUCACACAGCUAUUAAGUAGAUGAGUUGGGAUGUGAACCUAGAUGCCUGUGAUUUUAGAAUAGGUGCCUCUUAACUAUGACGCCAAAUGUAAUUUGUCCAUUCUAGGGUUGUAUUUCCCACCCUGUGCAAGCCAGUUUCCCUGGGGCCCUGGGGGACCUUUUCACUAGUACCAGGGGGAGGGAGUCCACAGUGAUCCAGGGAAGGAAUCUACUCCCUACUUCUUGCUGUGGGGCUGGACCAGAGGUCCAGGAUCAGGGACAGGCAGAGGAAGGUGCCUGAAUGGUGGGGUCCUUUUUCUCUAGGGCAGUUGGUUUGAAGUGCCCUGAUCCUUGACUGUGGGUAAGAGGGAAAUCUGAGGGCGCGAGCCAGGCCCUACCCCUCCUGCUCAUCUGCACAGCUCAGGGCAUGGCAGGGGCAGGAGCUCAGGUCUCCCUGUGGCUGUAGCCUGCCUGGGCAUCUGGAGCUGCAGAGGUUCUGCUGGGCAUCGGGGAUCAGGCUCCGGCUUAGCUUCCUCUCAGGCCGGGGCUAGUGUUGUCAAUAGGGCGGGCGCUGGCCUCCUACCAGCCAGCCUGGUGGACAGGCGCCAGUUGGCUCCUAGCACAGCCUUGACAAUGUAGCCCAGCCUGGCCACAUACCCAUGGCCCCGGACCAUUUCCAUGGCCUCUUCGAUGUCUGGCACCAUUCCUCCCAUCAUUGGGGGCCCCUGUCAGGAGGGCCAGUGUGUGGGGCAGUGUUUGGGGCUUCUGUUGUAGGCACAAGAGAGUCAGGCAUUUGCUCUGACUGCAUCUGGUCAGAACCCCCUUCCCUUAGUUCUUUUUUUUUUUUUUUUUUUUCCCUUUAAGCCUGAGGCAUUCCCUGGGAACAGGAAUAAGACCUCAGGGAAUCUGUAAGGCUCCUGAAAGUGUAUGUAGAAAGUGUUCCUUCCCCGGGGGAGGGGGGGAAGGGGCGGGGAGGGCUGGAAGCUUUUCUAGAUUCAAAGGUGUCCAUGAACAAUGAAGAUUUAAGUCUGCCUGAGUGGGUGAGGAUUUGGGACAAAGCGUGGCUGUUCAAAUCCUUGCCAUUAAAAUAACACUGACUCCCGCUGUGUUCUGCAAGACAAAAGCAUGCCUAGUGCCCCUCCCAGCAGAGCCUAGGACGGACUCUGGAGCUAGCUCCAUCCCUUUCUACCUGUGUGACCUUGGGCAAGGUUCUUAACCUUUCUGGGCCUCAGUUUCCACAGUGGUAAAAUAGGGAUCAUUUAUUUCACAGGGUUGUGGUGAGCAUUAAAUGAUAAAUGUCAACUACUUAGAAGAGGGCCUGAUACAUAGUCCUACAUACGGGUGUGUUAAAGAAAAGUUUCCCAAAUCGUGGUUCCGUAUGGUUAAGGGGCCUCAGCUUCUCCUCGGGGGUCCUCACUGCCACCCCUCACGCUCCUCUGC